UAUCGACCUGAUCUUCACUAUUAAGAUGCCCAUUCUGUUUGACUUUAUUCUUUGGAUUUUGUGGAUAACGUUUUCGGUUACAGUCCGUGGAGAGGAGUACACGAAUGGAAUAACAUGCCAGGGUAUUGAUCGCCAACCCGUGGACUGGUUUAUUGUUUACAAAACUCCCCAGGAUCCCCAAGACAAAAACAAGAUGAUAUCUGAGGGCGUGGCCUUCUAUUAUAUGGACUCCCAUCGACCUGUAAUGACCCUUUCUCCCACCCCAAUAGACAAGGAUGGACACGCUCUUUACAACACACUCCAACAGAUCUAUCUGAAUUACUUUAUGUUGGAAUAUGGCAUGUAUAACGACGAACCGCCGAGGAAUUCAAACAAAACUUGGAAAGAGAAAGAUGAGUUUGGUCAAACCAAAGGUGUAUAUGCAUUUGAUAAGCAGACGGGAUUUUGGUUGAUCUCCAGUAUUCCCGGGUUUCCCCCACCCAAAAAUAAGGGAUACGCAUUUAACAAAGAAGCGCAGCGGGACGGUCAUAUGAUUGUCUGUGUCACUUUAAAUACUCAGGAGCUGGUGAACGUCCGUAAAAUAUUCAAAAUAACACAACCCAAAAUAUACGAUGGAAAAGGGCCUGAAGCGCAAAUACCACAACUUCAACCCUCAAACGAGUCUUUGGUAUUAAGCAUGUAUACCCACGACAACAUGGAACUGAAGUGUUCCGCCAAAAGCUCAUCAGACCAGAAAGACCUGUACGAUUCUUUGGUUGCUCCGAGUUUAUCGAAAAACGUCUUAGUCCAGUCCUUUCAGACAGACUCUGGGAUUCCGUCUUCCUGCUCCUCAGAGUAUAAGGUGAUAAAUGUAUCCAAAAUACAGUUCCCGGAUACCAGCAUCUACUUGUCCGGUAAAAGAGAUCACGCCAAGUGGGCUGUGUCCGAGACACUGGGGAGAUGGGUGUGUGUUGGAGACCUUGACCGAGUGACUUCAGCCCUCAAGAGAAGAGGAGGAGCGUUGUGUAUGGUCAACUACACGGCUUGGAAGGCGUUUCAUAAAAUCAUAAACUCCAUUGACAAAUGCUAACUUGAAAUCACUGUUGUUGUUUUUUUUUUUAAAACUUCUUUGAUUAAAAAAAUAACGAUUUUUUAAAAA